UGAGUACACUGCCGAUCAGUUAUUUAGUACAUUAUUAGUUUUAAAAAACCACCAACGAUGUUGACAACAUUUUAUGGGAAAAUCCUACUUUUAGUAGUUUGUUCACAGCUUGAAGCAUUUUUAUUUAAUACGAAACCCCACCAGUGCAUCACAAGAGUCUCAAUAUGUUUGACUUGUGAAAGACCAGGAUUCUACCCUGAGAUGUACUGCAAUAACGUCACCAGGGGAGACUACUGUUUCACCAAAAUUGUGCAUAACUCAUCAGGAAUCUUCACUGUUAAGGGAUCAGCCAGUUCUGCAUUCUGUGAUGCUAACAAAUACCAGGGGAGCCUAGCGAUUCCUGCCUGUAGGACCGGGAAUAUACAAGAAGGCACGGAAUGUGUGGACUGUUGUAAACAAUAUAACUGUGAUCCUCACGACAAUUACUGCAACAAGCAUAUAAUACAGGAUAUUCAUAUGCCAUUUACCGUGACAACGCCUAAAACCACGCCUACUGUAAUCACCACUGCUCUCCCAACAACAGAAACAACCACAACCACACCCCCAUCAACAUCAACAUCAACUCCACAACGAGGAGGGAUGUGCCAAGUGUGUGUUGAGGGAAAUGGACAAAGUUGUGGGCCUACAAGCAACCAUUAUUGUAGUAAAGGAGAAAAUUACUGUAUGAACACAGUAAUUUCAGAUCCAAGAGCUGGGAAAAUUGUUGUCAAAAAAUGUGCAGAUGAAGUGGAAUGCAAAUGGAACUAUUGGGUGGACACGCUGGGAGAUCCUAAAUGCAGCAAUGUGACCGGACCACAAGAAGACAACGCUUGUAACUAUUGUUGUGACAAUUCCGACAGUGUGCCGUGUAACCAGGACCCAAUACCAAAACAUCUCUCUACAUUCGAUAAACCUCAGGAAGUGAAGCAGUGUAUAAUUGGACAUUCAGAUAGUCAUUUUCAGUUGGAUAAUUGUCCCCCAACUUCAUCGUAUUGUCUGAACGAAGUAAGAUACGAUACAACCGCCAAACAUCCAGAAACCCUUGUAAUCAAACGGUGUGCUUUGGAGGCAGAAUGUAAAGGGCUUUGGUGGGAAAAGACCAGAAAGCGACACGAAUGUUUGACCCAGAACUUCACCGGAAUACCGGACCAAAACAUUGUCUGUACCUUCUGUUGUGUGUCUGAGAACAAUGGAGCGUGUAACGGAGCCUCGGUUCCAGACCAGAUUGCCCUAUUUACACCAGUUACUACCACAAGUAAUCCCACAACAACAAGACCGACGACGACAACAAGUACUGUACAAACAACAAGACACGACCACGGACACCAUGACACACACAACCAUACAAACCACGGUCAUCAUCACACAGACACAAUACCUACAAGUACCGCCACAACGACCACCACAUUGCCAUCAACUACAACCACAUUGCCAACCACGACAACCACAUUGCCAACUACAACUACCACUCCAACAACUACAACCACACCAGCUCCGAUCACGUGUUCUGGGAACGGAUCAGUUGUAUGUGAAGACGACCCUAAAGCACACUGUGAUUCUUUGUCGACAUUUGGAUUGUGUACACAUCUGCAGUAUAACCCCGAUAGCGAAGACAUCAAAUUCUGUCCCAAAACUUGUAACCUUUGUGAUAAAUACUGUGACUAUGUACUAAAGACGACUUUACCUCCUCCCACAACUCCUCCUCCAAUGAAAACAACAAAGGACUUAUCAAAAUCAGCUACAAUGUCUUCUUCAACAUCCCAGAGAACAACAGCAGAAAUAACGACAAAAACAACAACAAAGAGAACUUCACCAACGACAACUACAACUAAAUUGCCCUCUACGACCCAAUUAGCGACAACAAUAAUAUCUACUGUGUUGUCACAGAAAACAACAACAACUAAAGUUGCGACAGCAUCAACAAUGAAAUCCACAACAGCAUCGACGCUGCCAACAACUACCACACUGCCUCCAGCUCGUGAGUGCUAUGUUUGUACGGGGCCUGUUUCAAUAUGUGAAAAUCUGUACAACUCACAUAGAUGUUCGUCUGACAAACCUUUCUGUAUCAAUGACGUCACCAACAACGCUGACGGCACCAGAACUGUAAACAGAAAAUGCGCGUCUAAAACAGAGUGUGUACAAAGCUGGUGGCUUGGUUCGUCUGGUCGCUCGGAGUGCGCGGGAUAUGACCCCACGGCUGUUGUUCUGCAGCAGUUUACCUGCUCCUAUUGCUGUACUACGCCACUGUGUAACAAAAACUUAGUGCCACGUGAUCUCUACACCCAAUGAAAUCACUUUUUAUUUGUAUUUGGAAUAGGGUUACCAAUAAAACUUUAAAA